AAUUAAUUAAGGGGCCCACUGAAGUUUGAAUGGUAUAUGCUCCUUUGGGAUAUACGAUAAGGCUAAACACUGUUCAUUGCCAGAUGUGGCGGAUUGGAUUCUUCUCUGCUUUAAUUAAUUAAUUAAUCUUUGAUUAAUUAUUUAAUGCAUAUUAAUUAAUUAAUGUUACCAUUAAAUACAUCUAUAAUUGUCAACGCAUUUACACUAUAUAUAACUUCUCCGAUAAUAUACUUCUUCACCACCAUCUCAAACAUUUUCUUUUCAAAAUAGUAUUAAAUAAUUAAUUAUAUAUAUUACACGUACGUAAUGGCUGAAAGUACUGAAGGAUCUCCGGGCACUUCCAUGCACGGAGUGACCGGCAGGGAGCCGGUGCUGGCGUUCUCCGUCGCAUCUCCGAUGGUGGCCACCGACACGACGGCGAAGUUCGACCUGCCGGUGGACUCGGAGCACAAGGCGAAGAAGUUCAAGCUCUUCUCCUUCGGGAAGCCCCACAUGCGUACUUUCCAUCUCUCAUGGAUCUCCUUCUUCACCUGCUUCGUCUCCACCUUCGCCGCCGCCCCGCUCGUUCCGAUUAUCCGGGACAACCUCAACCUGACAAAGAGCGACAUCGGCAACGCCGGGGUGGCCUCCGUCUCCGGCAGCAUCUUCUCCAGGCUGGUGAUGGGCGCCGUCUGCGACCUCCUCGGCCCCCGGUACGGCUGCGCCUUCCUCAUCAUGCUCACGGCGCCGACGGUGUUCUGCAUGUCGUUCGUCUCCUCCGCCGGCGGCUACGUGGCGGUGCGGUUCAUGAUCGGGUUUUCGCUGGCGACUUUCGUUUCUUGCCAGUACUGGAUGAGCACCAUGUUCAACGGCAAGAUCAUCGGGCUGGUGAACGGGACGGCGGCGGGGUGGGGGAACAUGGGCGGCGGCGCCACCCAGCUGAUAAUGCCGGUGCUGUACGAGAUAAUUAAGAAGGCCGGGUCAACUCCGUUCACCGCCUGGAGAAUCGCGUUCUUCAUUCCAGGGUGGCUGCAUGUGAUUAUGGUGAUCCUGGUUAUGACACUUGGCCAGGAUUUGCCUGAUGGAAAUCUCGGUGCCCUACAGAAGAAGGGCACUGUUGCUAAAGACAAAUUUGGCAAGGUGUUGUGGUAUGCCGUGACGAAUUACAGAACCUAUAUAUUUGUCCUCCUCUACGGUUACUCCAUGGGAGUUGAAUUAUCUACCGAUAAUGUCAUUGCCGAAUACUUUUACGACAGAUUUGACCUAAAACUUCACACCGCCGGAACUAUAGCAGCCACCUUCGGCAUGGCAAACCUAGUGGCACGCCCAUUCGGCGGCUUCGCAUCCGAUUACGCCGCCAGAAAAUUCGGAAUGAGGGGAAGGCUAUGGACGCUAUGGAUCCUGCAAACCCUCGGCGGAGCAUUCUGCCUUCUUCUCGGAAAAGCCGAUACCCUCCCCCUGGCCGUCACCUUCAUGAUUAUCUUCUCCGUCGGAGCUCAGGCCGCCUGUGGGGCCACCUUCGGAAUCAUCCCUUUCAUUUCCCGGAGAUCGCUUGGAGUGAUAUCGGGUAUGACCGGCGCCGGCGGGAAUUUCGGGUCCGGGUUGACUCAGCUGCUGUUUUUCACCAGCUCGAGGUACUCGACGGCGACUGGGCUAACGUAUAUGGGGAUUAUGAUUAUGUGCUGUACUUUGCCGGUGACGGUUGUUCACUUCCCGCAGUGGGGGAGUAUGUUCCUGCCGCCGUCGAAGCACGCGGAGGAGGAGCACUACUACUCCGCCGAGUACGAUGAGGACGAGAGGAAGAAGGGGAUGCACCAGAACAGCCUUAAGUUCGCUGAGAACAGCCGCUCUGAGCGCGGCAACCGCAUCGGCUCCGCGCCGACUCCCCCGAAUUCGACGCCGAGCCAUUUUUAAGCUGGCCGGAUAAAUAAAUAUAAUAAUAUAUUAAUGAAUGUUUUAAUUUACUUAUUGUCAUAAAAAUGGUGUGGGACGAUGACGAUAUGAUGAUGUGGGAAUCUAUUAAUUUGUCGUUGAAUGUUUUAGUAUAUAUUACAAAAGAUUUGUCUUAAAUAUUGGAAUCUAGCUGCAAAUUGAUUGAAAUUGAAUCGUAGUUGGUUGUGUGUUUGAAUUAA